UUUAUCCCAAAAAUUUUGAGACUUUCUGGAAGCAUUCGAUCAGAUCCUGCUGCAUCUCCUCGUAGAACAUGAAGAGGAGAUUCGGGUGGUGGCGGAGGGCCCAUGUCUCCUUCAGGUGCUCCCAGUAAGCACUCCAAGAAUUCGUCGAAGGCUCCGGUCUACCCUUGAGGCUUCAUCACUCGAUUCAAGUGGUAUCAGGAGACUGCAAUCUUCUUGGGGUUCCUGACCACGUAGAUGAUCUUCAAGUACCCCACCCAUCAUUUUCGACAACAAUUCCUGCAUCACCUGCGUUGAUUCCCGUCCAUCCCUACUCUACCUAAAUCCCCACUCAUUAUCAGGCUCCCCACCACUAGAAUACCCAGUACCAUGGUCUCUCCCGUCGACCAGGACAUCUGAGUCCUCGAUGGGCACGUGCAGAAGUCGAGUGAGAUUGCAGCAUCAAACAACAACAACAAAUAUCGCCUACAAAUUCACAUAAAAUAUUGACAACCAAUGACGACUUCAGUAUUCAUUGACAACCGCUGAAUUAUCACCAUUAUUGACACUGUCACACCUGACAUCCGUCGAUGAAGAAGAUUCGCUUCAAGUGUUUACACUUUUUAGAUGUUCAAUCUUAUCUCACUGAUUAGUAAAUCUUAAUGACAAUGCAUCAUACAGUGCAUUAACUGUCGUCACUGCGAUUGACAUCUCCAGGAGUCCCAGGAGCUGCUCUUUACCUUGUGAAACGGGAUAGAUUCACCGCUGUGAUCACUGAUACUGUCUGCAAAUAUGAGAACAUUUGAUAUCGCAAUUUUUCAGCACGACAAAUUGCGUCAAUUUGCUGCAUCCGUUGUCAUCAACAUCUUGGCGAUAACCACUGGCAUGGCGAUGGGCUGGCCGUCCCCAGUCCUCCCCCAGCUAACCCAGAAGGACACCCCUGUUGGCACCGCACCAAUGACCGACGACGAGAUCGCCUGGUUGUCCUCAAUAAAAUCUCUCACCGGACUGAUGGCACUACCAUUCUGUCCCUGGUCAGCCGAGAGAUUCGGCCGAAAAAUAACGGGAUUGAUUGCCGCUGUUCCUCUGAUUGUCAACUGGAUCUUGGUCCUCGUGGCCAGCAAUUUUUACCACCUCCUCUUCGCCCGAAUAUUCAGCGGUUUUGGUAUCGCCAUGACAUUCUCCCUGAUCCCAAUUUAUGUCUCAGAAAUCGCUGAUGAUUCUAUUCGAGGAAUCCUGGGAUGUUUUCUCGGUUUUUCCGUCAACCUGGGCACCCUCGCAGCCUUCAUCCUCGGUGCCACCCUCUCCUAUCGUGAUUUUGCGAUAUGCGGACUCGUCGUCCCUCUUAUUUUCGUCGCAACAUUCGUUUUCAUGCCUGAAACACCGACCAAUCUCAUCCGCAGGGGACGGAUUGAACAAGCAACCGGUUCUCUCAUGUGGCUGCGAAACAACGACAAACAGAUUGUGGAGAAGGAGUUGUACAAACUGCAGGAAAAUCUCAAGGAAAUCUCCGAUAUGACAAAAUCAAUAAGUUUAAAGGAUUUAUUUAGAGAUCGAGGAACAACAAUGGCAUUUAUUAUUUCAAUGGCGUUGUUCUGUGGACAGCAUACGUCCGGAUUUUCAAUUGUGAUGAUCUACACAACGACAAUAUUUUCCCUGUCAGGCACUUCGGUGAACCCGAAUAUUGCAUCGAUUAUCAUCGCAUCAAUCCAAAUGUCUGGAUCAUUGCUGUCGACCUUCACCGUGGAGCGAACCGGAAGAAAAUCCCUGACGUUGAUAUCAACUGGAGGAAUGAUGAUCUUUCAUCUGCUCUUCGGAAUAUUUUUUCUACUGAAGAGUCUGGAAUAUGAUGUCUCGUCAGUCUCCUGGAUUCCUCUUGUCACUUUAUCCGGUUAUGUCAUAGCCUACUCGAUGGGCCUGGGCCCAGUGGCCUACGUCAUUGUAGCGGAAACAUUUAGUCCGGAUGUUAUGAGUUUGGGGUUUUCAGUUGCCAUGGCAGGAGCUCUAUUGGUGUCCUUUGGAACUCUCCAGUUGUUUCCGUUUGUAUCGAGUCAUUUGGGAAAUUAUACGCCCUUCUUCGUUCUGUCAGCAUUUUGUGCUGCCACGUUCAUCUUCACUUUGAUUUUUAUACCGGAGACUAAAGGAAGACCGAAGGAAUCGAUCUUGGAGGAGUUGAAUGGAACGAAGAGGAGAUCGCCGGGGGAUAAAAGCGUCAGCGAGGAUUUAUAAGUGUGAUAUAUGUAUAUACUGUUCGUUUUAUAUACUGUGUAUAUACUAGAUAUGUAUCAUUAGUUUUGAGGCUUUUGGGACGACGUUUGAUGGUACAGGUUUGCGGAGGGGUAAUGAAAGCUUUCGAAGCAGGAGAGGGAAUCAACAGGUGCGAAACAACGUCCACGUCCUGAAGAAAGUUAGCAAAAGGACAUGAUUUUCGUGGCAGUAGACGUUGGGUCACUGGAGAAUUCGUAAGUAGCUGACCCCGACUAUUUGAUGCCUGGAGCAAUAGAUAUCAUCAUCGGGGCUGAUGGGUACGGGUGAACCAUCAAGGGGAGAGCUGUGAAGGCUUUGGACUUUUCAAUGAGUUGACUGACAAACAAUCUUGUCUUGAAUGUUGUCAGAUUCAGUCAAUUGCGUUCGGACCUGUUCACCGAGGAUUUUGUGAUCUUCAGUGAGGAGUAGAUACAAUAAAAUUAUUUCGCCCGCAAUGCGUUUUUGUUAAACAAAUUAAGCAUGUAUUCUUCUUUUGAUGAUACAACAAAAAUGAAAAUGCGAA